UUGACUAGGAGAUCUGUCUUGCAAGAGCUGCUUUAAACACACAGUCAGUUUGGCAUUACCAGACUCCCAUGGAAAAUAUGGGAUUUUAAUCAGGCAGUAAAGUGAACAGCUAUGGUUAACUGUGAGGACAGAUGAGGACAUACAGAGAGCAGAAGAGGUGGCAGCGGUGAAAGCACAGCUGACAAAGCGCUGGUUAUGUCUGGGUUAAUGUUUACCCUGAGGACGAGCAGCUCAUGGCCCUGCAACCGUGUGUUCAGGCUGGGCGGUCUGCUGCUGCCUCCGCUCUCCAGGAACAACUCGUCUAAAAUGUCGUCAGACUCCCACUGGCUCUCCCCUGCAGAGCGGGAUCAGCUGGUGAUGGAGCUCAGGGCCACAGGCUGGGUGGAGGUGGAGGACCGCAAUGCCAUCUUCAAAGAGCUUCACUUUAAAACCUUUAAUCAGGCUUUUGGCUUCAUGUCCCGGGUGGCUCUGCAGGCAGAGAAGAUGAACCAUCACCCAGAAUGGUUCAAUGUUUAUAAUAAGGUUCAGAUCACACUGACUACACAUGACUGUGGAGGACUGUCAAAACGAGACAUCAAAAUGGCCAAGUUCAUCGACAAGAUCGCCCUCUCAAUGUAAUAUUUUUGCCUUUAAUCAGGAACUUUCUCCUUUUCAGUUUCCCUUGUUUUCCUGCUUUCAGUCACACAAAUUAUUCCUCAAAAAUGUUGCUGUCACGUUGAUCCAUCAGUCUUCAAUAAAAUAUGUGAAAGAUAUUUGGUUUGGUUGUUUGUAUUUUGUUUUGCAGCAUAUUUUGUACAAACUUUCUGUAAGAAUA